AUGUCGCCUAUGGUUUUCUAUCUGGAUGCCAAGCAAAGAAAGUCGGUGCAUCUUGGCGAGUACCCGCAGUACAUCGAAGCGAAAUUGCAAGAGCUGCGUGAAAGCGCCCAGCUUACGGUGGACCAGAAGCAUAACCACAAGUUGUUGGUGACACGGAUUGGUCCGUACCAAGUGCUGGGAGCGGACGAGCACUCUUUUAGGGUUCGACAUCUCGUGACUGGUGCAGAACAAGAUGUACACAGCUCUAGACUGAAGUUCUACGCAGACAAGAGCUUCGAGAUUACGGAGGAGAUCCGAGAGCACGUGGCAGCUCAAGGUAUUGUUCUCACAGUAGCUGAGCUCGUUGAGCAUCGAUGGAACAGUGAUAAGCACAUGCACGAGAUACUAGUGUCGAAGAGAUGCUUAGAGCCUAUUGAAGACUCGUGGGAAUCACUACCUGAACUCUUCAAGGAUAUCCCUGCUAUGGUGAAGGCGUACACGAGUAUCAAAGGCGACAAGGAGCUCAAGAAAGCCGUGGCAGCUCUGGGGUAA